AUGGCAAUGGCGGCGGCGGCCGAAGGGCCGGAGGCCGAGGCCGGGCCUGAAGGGGCCGAAGAGGAAGGGGAUGGAGACGAAGAGGCCUUAAAGAAGCUGGAGGAGCUGGUGUCGGAGCUGCAGCGCUUCCGGGUCUCGUUGACCUCUGACCCUCCGAAUGACCCCGAGGUCACGUUGGAGCAAGAGAUGGAGCGGACCGUGCGCUUAAUGGAGGCCGUGCAUGUGUCCCAACAGGCCCGUGGACGAGCCUUGGAGCUGCAGGCUGAGGCCUUAGGGGUCUGCCCCACGGCUGCCCCCCAAGUGGAGCAGGCCCUGAGCCGGGCUGUGAAGCUGGAUCCGGGCCUGGCCUCUGCUUGGAUCCGCUUGGGAGAGCUCCAAUGGGCACGGGGGGACCUGGAGGGAGCCCGGGCCUGCUUCAGGGGGGCCUUGGCGCAUCCCCGCCCCCGUGACGUCACGCCGGGGGCGGAGGCCAGGGCCCGCCGCCUCCUGUCCGUGGUGCUGAGGGCCGGCGGUGGGGGAGGGGCCCUAAGGGAGAGCCUGGCCCAGGCCGAGGCCGCCGUGCGCUGCCAGCCCUGCGAUGGGGCCUCCUGGUAUGUGCUGGGCAAUGCCUAUGUGUCGCUCUUCUUCGCUGGGGGGCAGAGCCCCGAGGCCGCGCGCCGGGCCCUGGGCGCCUACGCACAGGCCGAGCGCGUGGACCCAGACGCAGCCAAUAACCCGGACCUGCACCUCAACCGCGCCACCCUGCUGCAGUACGAGGAGCGCUAUGGGGCGGCACUGGAGGGGCUGAGCCGGGCGGGGGCGCUGGCGCCGGGGUGGGCGGAGCCUCGGCGCCGCCACGCCCAGCUCCUGGACUUCCUGUCCCGCCUCUGCACGGCGCUGGCCAAUCGGCCCCCAUCCCGUGGGAAGCGGCGCCGGAGCCGCCCGGACCCUUCCCACCCCUCCCCCACCUCUUCCCCCCCCUCCCCCCCGCUCCCCCCUUCCUUAAGCCCCGCCCCUUUGAGCGAGCUCCGCCCAGGGCCCAACCCCCGCCGCGCUCUGAUUGGCCGCGUCCUCUUCACCUGCGCCCCGGAGGGGCGGGUCCCAUAUGUGCUGGGAUUGGCUGAUGGAGCAGGGGGCGUGGCCGCCAUCACUGUCUAUAACGCGGCUCCUGAUUGGACGGUGGCCGUCGGCGACAGCGUGGCCGUGCCCCGGCCGUGCCUCAAGCAGCAUCAGCACCAACACCAGGGGCAGACAUUCUCCUUCCUGGGGGUCCGGGUCCCCUCCCCCCUCUCCCUGCUCAUCAACGGCCGCCCCCCCCCGGGCUCCGCCCUCGCCCCCGCCCGCCUCCUGCUGCGGGCAGACCCCGCCCAGGCCACGCCCCCCGAGCCCUGAGCCAAUCAGAGCCCGCGCCGGCGCCUGGGC